AUGCCCCUGCUCUCCGGCUUUCUCAAGCGAGAACGACCCGCUCCACCUCGCAACGACGCCGACACCUCCUACCUCCACGCCCGCCACAACCCCGCAGCCCAGUCCUCCGCAUCCCUCGCCGUCACAUCCGAGCUCGAGUCCGCCGAGGACUACGUCUUCCCCGACCGCACCUCCUCGCGCUCCGACCUCCCCUCCCUCGUCGCUGCCGCCCAGCAGCAGCAGCAACAGCAGAGCACGCCGUCGAGCAGCAAGCUGAAACUCCCUUUCCGUCGGAAACAGCAGCAGGACGCUUCUAGCCUCAUCAGCACAGGCAGCGCCUCGACCACCGCGGACACUGACCGGCCCAGACGUCCGUCCUUGUCGCCCUACCAGCAGUUCACCUUCGCCACGGGCCCCACCACCAGUGCUAGCUACAGUAACAACGGCAACAACGGAGACAGCGCGAACAGCCUGCAGCCCCCGCAGAAAGGCGCGCUGUUCAAUGGCGGAGGACCCCCUGGCUCCACGCACUCGCUGCCGUCGGAUUCCAACGGGCCGCAUCAUCCAAAGGAGAAACCGAAGAAGCGAGGACCCGCCGGGCACGCGCGCAACGAGAGCCACGGCAGCACCGCGUCGUUCCCCGCCGCGUCCCCGCCCCUCCGCGCCGCGAAGAGCGAGGCGCACGGUAUGACGCCGUCUGCGCGUCCGGCUGGACUCGUUGUCCCCGGUCUCGGCUCCGGCUCUGGCGCAGGCUCAGGUGCUGAUAGGGGCAGCGGCAGCGGCAGUCCUAACCCCAAGACGCCGAAGAAGAGCGGGCUCAUGAGCUGGGUACGCGAGCGCACGCGCUCCAAGGCGUCUGUACCCGGGAGCGCCGCCGCGUCCGUCGCGAGCUCGUCCGUCUCGCCCACGAGCUCGGCGAUGGGAUCGCCUGUCCCUUCUGCGUCUGCUUCCGCUCCCCAUCACCAGCAGCAGCAGCAGCAGGACAGCGAGUUCAACCUUAAAUCCUUCCGCCACGUCCGCGCCACCUCGCCCGCGACACCGACGGAGAGACCGGGGUCGUCGCUCUCGAGCUAUAACAACUACAACGGCGGCGGCAGCGGCAGCUACUACAACCUCACCCCGCCCGCGCGCCCGCGCCCGAGAGAGAACAGCGGCGCGAGCGACACGUCACAGCGCAUAUCCGUCGCCGCGUUCCGCGAGGCGCAGGCGCGCCGCUCGCGCGCUGCCUCGCCGGCGUUUGGCGCCGCGGCUGCGCCGGGCAUGCAGCAGCUGCCGUCGCCUGUGGCGAGGAGCGAGUCGCCGUUGUUUGGGGCGGGGGCUUGGAGUAGUAUCGGUGCUGGUGCCGGUGCCGGUGCUGGUGCUGGACAAGGAGGAGGGCGCCCGCCGAGCCAGGAUACACUGCGCGCCACUGAUACGCUCGCCAGCGCCAACGCAGGCUCGAUGGGGCGUAAACGCGCGUCGACGGUGGGCGCAGUGGCCGCGCUGCCCGUGCGCGCGUUCGAUAACAAGAACAGCGCGGUGGACACUUCGUCUGACGAAGACGAAGACGAAGAAGAGAGCGACGGGGAGGAAGUGGACAGCGACGGCGAGCCGGUGCGGAGAGGGAGGGGCAAGGGGGGUGUCGGGCGCAAACGCACGAUUACGGGCGCGCGCAAUUUGGGUGCGCGGUCGCAGAGCCAGGACUUUGGGAAGGCGGUUGGCAGUAGCGGGAAUGCGAGGCAAGGGCAGGGGCAGGGGCAGGGGCAGCAUCGGCCGGCGCCGUCGAAGGCACAGAGCGAGAUGUUGUUUGGCAGUAGCGGUGGAGGCAGCGGUGCGGGGAGCAGGGCACAAGUAGCAGCACCCCCGAAAUCCCUCCCGCGCCGCCCCCCAUCCGCAUCAUCCUCCAGCAGCAGCAGCAGCAGCUCCGGCGCAAGCUCAGACUCGGAAGACCUCCCCCUCUCCGCGCUCGUCGCGCCAAAACGCCCAGGCAGCGCCGCCUCGGGGCGCUCCGCCGCAUCCGGCGCGGGUGCGGGUGCGGGGCGGCCGCGCAUGCCCGCGCGACCGCUGAUCGACAUUCAUCAGCUCGUGGGCGCGUCGACUGCUGCGGGGAGCUCGAGCUCGAGUCUUGUUGUGCGUGGGGUUGGGCCGAAUGGAAGUGGGAGCAAGGGGAGUGGGAAUGGGGUUAAUGGGAUUAAUGGGAUUAAUGGGAACGGGAGCGAGGACGAGCCGUUUAGGCCGCCGCCGAUGCCGCUGGGCACGGGCACGCUGGCGACGAUGUCGAUGUCGAUGUCGAUGCCGGCGGUGCCGAGCAGGUCGUCGCCGUUGGCGGAGAAGUCGCCGCUUGUGUUUCCUGGUCCUGGGCAUCCACCGGUGGGAGGGAGGAAGGCUGGUUCGGUGCCUGUGCCGGUGUCGUUUGAGAAGGAGAGGAGGGAGAAAGAACGAGAGAGGGAGAAGGAAAGAGAGAGGGAGAAGGAAAGAGAGAAAGAGAGGGUCAAGCCCGUUGCACCGAGCCUCGUCACCUCUCCUCCACCCGCACCGAGCCCAAGCCCGAGCACGGGCCAGGCCCCCGCGCACACUAGCGCCGGCACUGCGGCAGACAAAACCGCGCGCCGGCGCUCCGCGUCCGCGGGCGUGAUCGUUACGUCGCCGCUGUCUGCGGGCAGCGGCAGCUCGCACAGCCAUGACGAGGAGCUUAUGGCGGCUAUACGGCUUGUGUCGUCGUUCAAUGCCGACGCGGACCUGGAGCUCGCGCUGCCGCCGCCGCCGAGUAAAGCGGGGCUGGGGGCAGGGCUGGGGCAGGGAGAGCAACAGGACGGGAGCGGGACGCCGGGCGGUGGGUCGAUGUAUGCGACGCCGAUGGGGUCGCCGAGUGUGAUGUCCCCGGCGAUGCCGUUACCGCUUGGUGCGGGUGUGGGGGCGUUGGUGGGUGGGAGUGAGAGUGGGGUUGGGAAGGGGAUGGGUGUGGAGAAGCAGGAGAGGGAGGUGGUGGAGAAGCAGGGAGAGCAGGAGCGAGAAGGACGAGGGAAAGAGCAGGAAAAGAGAAAUGACGGUGGGCCAUCGCCCUCGCCGCGAGACCGCAUCGUCCCCACGCCCGUGCGCGAGCGCAAGCCGCCCGCGGCGUUCAGCGUGCUUUCGCGCCCCGCGCAACGACAUGCUGCCUCGGACUCGGUCGAGACCGCGCGUGGGCCUGGUCUGGCACCGCCGGUGAACACCAGGGCCGCGUCGUCGUCUGGCUCUCCAGCGUUCGCCAAGGAGCUCACGGCCUCGCCCGUGUCGUCGUUUGCUACGCCCGCGUCGACGCUCACCCCACCAACGCUGGCCACUUCUUCUGCCACAGCGACAGCAAGACCGAGGGACCCGCAAGUGAUGAAGCCACCCCCGCGCGUGGACUCUGUCGCGUAUUCCAGUAAUUCCCCGUUCCAUUCCCCAUCGCCGUCGCUGUCACUGUCGCCGAACGCAAUGCCCAGCUCGCGCGCGGUCUCCAAGUCCUCGCAGUCACAGAGCGACGCCGCGUCCGUCAUGUCAAGCGCCACCGGCGCGUCCAGCCAACCCCGCAGUGGCGGCAGGCAGCGCUCUGCCCCUCUCAUCGAUUCCGUCCCAGACGCGCCGUCCCUCGCCGGCAAAGCGUCUGCGUCGUCGUACGGCUCCGCGCUGCAGAACCAACACCUUGUGCGGCAGAUGCAGAUGCAGCAGCAAAGCCAGAGCCAGAGCCAGAGCCAGAGCCAGAGCCAGAGCCAAAGCGGGGGGCGCGGCCGCUCCUCGUCGAAUCCUGCGCUCAGCAAUAUGACCACGGCCACGACCGCGCGGCCGUUUGCCACGGCGGCGAACCGCAGCCCGGCGGGAAGCUCGACGGGGGACAGCAGUAGUGGGCGCGGUGCGCCGUUUACGCCGCGCGACGGGAGUGAGAUUGGGAGUGUUGUGGGCGGACAUGGUGGGUCGCGCGGGCGGUAUGAUUCGUCGACGUCGGCGUCUGCCUCGGCGAGCUACAGUGCGAGUGUCAGCGGGGCUGCCAGUGCGAGCGCGAGUGAGGUGGGCGCCAGGACGACGGCGGGCGCGAUAAGGCGCGGGAAGCGUGUUAGUGUGGAUCUUACGCCUGCACCUGGUGGGCGCAAGGAUGUGGGAGAGGAUGAUAAGGACCGGGAGGCGAGGAGGCGGGAGAGGAGGAGGAGCGAGGCGAAGGCUGCGAUUGAGUUCGGCAAACUCGUCAACGGCCGCGGACCGAUCGUCGAAGACGACGACCAUGGUGCGCCCGCCGACCCGCGCAUGAGCAUGACGGCCAUGACGGCCAUGAACACGGGCACGUCAGCCUACGGUCCUUGGGGCUGGCAGCAGCCCAUGGGCCAGAUGCACAUGCCUCCGAUGAUGUACCCCAACAUGAACAUGGGUAUGAACAUGAACAUGGGCGUGGGGAUGAACAUGCCCCCGAUGCCGCAGAUCAACCUCCCGCCGAUGCCGCAAAACAUGCAAGAGAACGCGGGCAUGAUGGCGGCGCACCAGCACGCGAUGAUGGUCGCCAAGCAGGCGUAUCAGAUGGCCGUCGCGCAACAGGCGAUCGCAGCCGCCGGCGAGGAAUGGGAGCGCGCGUCCAAUGUCGGCGGGCCCGCGUCCAGCAGGGACAGCGACGCCGGUGGACGCGGUGGGUUCUCGUCGGCGGCGAGCGCGUACGGCCCGUCGAACGGCGGCUCGAACAAUGUCCGUGGGAGCAUGUUCGGCAUGCCCCCGCCGAUGAUGAUGGGCGGAUACGGGAUGUACCCCGGCUCGUCGUCGCAGUCCGCUUACGGCGGGAGCGAGUAUGGCGGAGGCGGAGGCGGUGGAUGGGGCGCGCGCAGCGUGUACGGCGAGAGCUUCGGGCCGCCCGCCACUGCUGGGUCGCGGAGCAGCAUGUUGCACCCCGGGAGCGCGAUGAGCGCGUACGGUGGUGGAGGUCCUGGCGGGCAGCAGGCGGCGCGCCAGCGCAAGUCGAGCACGCCUGCCAGCGGUCCGUCGUCGUCUGCGGGUCCGUCGUCCGGCCCCGGACUCGCGCAGCUCCGGAGCGCGAGCGCGAGUCCUGCGAGGACGCCGGGCAGGGGCCCGCCGUCGAGCUGGAAGACUGGACUUCGGUAG